AAUAAUAAUAUUAUUAUUUAAAAUUAAUUGUUUAAUAAAAAUCUUAAAAUAGAUGCUAGCUAGAAACUCUUUUCAGACCACCUGAUGUAAUUUUAAAAAGAAAAAGGGAAAAGAAGAAAAAAAAGGGACAAAUGGGAGAUAAAGACAUGCAAUACAUGCAAGGAAAGUAGGAGACGAAAGAGGAGGAGGAGAGAAUGGAUGUAAACUGUGCCAAUUCCAAUGAUAUGGCCAAUUCCAAUUGUCCCUUUACAAAAACUUUUGUUGUCUCCGAGUCCUUUGGAUCUUGGAACCUUCCAAAUUUAGAAUCCCUUUGUCUCUUCCACAAUUCCCUUUCUCAUGUUUCUCUGUCCUCUUCCCAUAUUAUUCCAUCCCUUCUCACUCACCACACCCAAACUCCAACUUGUACAGUUUCAUUUUCCUUCUCUCCCAAUGGCUCUCGGAAGGCCUCGUAGUAGCAAGAGAUCAUCCUCCUCUUCUUCCUAUGCUUCCACCGUUACAACCGUCGUCUUCUUAGCCUUAUGUGUUCUUGGAGUAUGGAUGCUCACCUCCAACUCCGUCGUUCCCCCGCAAACCACCACUCGCACUUCUUCUGACUCCUCCUCCACCUCCACCAUUGCCACCACGACUGACUUUACAUCUUCCUCCGAUGAACCCCAACUACUCCCUAAAUCCGAGGAUAAGGAGGCCACUCCUGCCUUCGAGGAUAAUCCUGGUGAUCUCCCUCUUGAUGCUAUUAAAUCUGACGACAGCGUUAAUAUUGUUAGCGACGAUGCCAAAUCUCAAGAGGACCACUCCAAGGACAAUGCCAAUGAUGGGCAAGGAUCUAGAGAUAGCAAUGAGGCUCAAUUGUCCGAAGAGAGCACAUUGACUCAAAACCAACAAGUGGAAGCAACCCAAAAAAUUGAGGAGAAAGUAGACAUGGGAGGGAGCCAAGAACAAAAUGCUAAUUUAUCUGAUCAAAGCAAUGAAUCCACAGAGCGUGCGGAAUCUGAUAAUAGUAAAUCCAAUGAUACACCGUUGGAAACUAAUGCUCAAGAACAACAACAAGUACAAGAAGAGCCCGAAAACAAUGCAAAUCCACAAGAAAUCCAAGCAGAAAUUGCAAACGUAGAGCAGCAACAAGCAACUGAUGUCCCAGAAAUCAGUGGAGACUCUCAAAAUGAUCGACCGAAACUUGAAACUGAAGGUGAAAAAAACCCACAAGAACCUGAAAUUCAUAACCAGGACGAUGACAAAUCCCAACAACAAAUACAACAGCAACAAGAACAAGACAACUCAAACACGAGCAACAUUGAAGAAACUACCUCGUCUGACCAAAAUCAGCCACGAAAGAGACGCCGGCACAACAAAAAGGCAACCGAGGAUCAAGAAUCACAACAAACAGAAUCCAAGGAGAGCCAAGAAGCCCCAAAGGACACAAAAACAGAAAUCAAAGUGGAAGAGACGACCACAGCAGUGUCACUUGAGACCUCGGGGAUACCGAAAGAGUCGAAGGAGUCCAAAAAGUCGUGGUCAACACAAGCGGCACAAUCAGAGAACGAGAAGGAUCGUCGGCGGGAAGAAUCAAGCACUGAUGGCAGCAUCUAUGGGUACACAUGGCAGUUAUGCAAUGUCACAGCGGGACCUGAUUACAUCCCCUGUCUGGAUAACGAGAAAGCAAUUAAGCAAUUACGUACUACAAAACACUUCGAGCACCGAGAGAGACACUGCCCGGAGCAGGGACCUACCUGCCUGGUCUCACUCCCAGAGGGUUACAAAAGAUCCAUUGAAUGGCCUAAAAGUAGAGACAAGAUUUGGUACCACAAUGUCCCACACACUAAGCUUGCCGAAGUGAAAGGCCACCAAAAUUGGGUCAAGGUCACUGGCGAGUUCUUGACUUUCCCCGGCGGUGGCACCCAGUUCAUCCACGGCGCUCUGCACUACAUAGAUUUUCUUCAACGGUCGGUACCAGAUAUUGCCUGGGGGAAGAGGACAAGAGUGAUACUGGAUGUAGGCUGUGGAGUUGCUAGCUUCGGCGGCUUUCUCUUUGAAAAAGAUGUGCUUACAAUGUCGUUUGCUCCGAAAGACGAGCAUGAAGCUCAAGUCCAAUUUGCCCUUGAGAGGGGAAUUCCGGCCAUUUCUGCUGUCAUGGGCUCACAGCGUUUGCCAUUUCCAAGCAUGGUUUUUGAUAUUAUUCAUUGUGCUCGAUGUAGAGUGCCUUGGCAUGUAGAAGGUGGAAUGCUUCUCUUAGAAUUGAACCGAGUGCUGAGGCCAGGGGGGUUUUUUGUUUGGUCUGCAACUCCCGUGUACCAGACCCUGGAAGAAGACGUUGAGAUUUGGAAAGAAAUGUCCGCUUUGACCAAGUCCAUGUGUUGGGAGCUUGUGACAAUUCAGAAGGACAAUCUCAACUCCAUUGGGGCUGCCAUUUACAGGAAACCAACCUCAAACGAAUGCUAUGAACAAAGAAAACACAAACGUCCCCCCAUGUGCAAAAACGAUGACGAUCCGAACGCAGCAUGGUACGUGCCACUGCAGGCAUGCAUGCACCGCGUGCCGGUUGACAAUGCCGUGAGGGGAAGCAGCUGGCCAAAACAAUGGCCUCAGAGGUUGCAAGCACCACCUUACUGGCUAAACAGCUCCCAGAUGGGGGUUUAUGGAAAACCAGCUCCUCAAGAUUUCUCAACUGAUUAUGAACAUUGGAAAAGAGUUGUGAAUAAAACUUACCUGAAUGGAUUAGGCAUAAAUUUGUCCAACAUUAGAAAUGUAAUGGAUAUGAGAUCUGUUUAUGGCGGGUUUGCAGCAGCCCUGAGAGACCUUAAAGUUUGGGUAAUGAAUGUGGUGAAUAUUGACUCUCCCGAUACACUUCCUGUGAUCUACGAGCGUGGUCUCUUUGGGAUUUACCAUGAUUGGUGUGAAUCCUUCAGCACUUAUCCAAGAACAUAUGAUCUACUACACGCUGAUCAUCUUUUCUCAAAAUUGAAAAAGAGGUGCAAACUACCUCCUGUCUUGGCAGAGGUCGAUCGAAUAGUAAGACCUGGAGGCAAAUUGAUCAUCCGAGAUGAGUCCAGCACGAUUGGAGAAGUGGAGAAUUUGUUGAAGUCUCUCCAUUGGGAAGUUCACUUGACCUUCUCCAGAAACCAGGAAGGGCUGCUGAGUGCUCAGAAAGGCGAUUGGCGACCAGAUACUUAUGCUGAGUCUUCCUGAUUUUGUAGACAAAACAGCAUCCCAUUCUAAUAAGAUUACCCCCUAGAGAGAUUUGUAGACCAGCUAGAAUCUUCGGAAGAGUUGCAGUAGGCAAUAUAGGAACAUACCCCUCGCUUGCAAUCAGCUGCUUGCAAACUGCGAGAACUAGAGAGAGCGGGAGAGAUUUGGUCCACAAAUUGUUAGAAUUAUCCAUAAAGUUGAAAAUCAUUACAAACUAUUGUAUUUUGAUACCCUACGUGGAAGAAAAUAUAUUUUAAGUUAAUUUGUUCGUUCCAGCUUCUUGGAGAACUAUAAGUACUUUGUCUCUACUGCAUA